AUGGACCCUAAUCCCAAAACAAGCUCGUCAGGAAGUUCAGGUUCCUCUUAUAUCAAUAACAAUCCUAUUGAUCCUAAAGAGGGUGAGGUAUUUUCGAGAGCUGAAUUACCUACAAGGUUCAGAUACAAGCCAAUAAAGGAUAGUGAAAUUGAUAAUGUCAAUCAAGGUGGAGCUGAACUCGUUUUUUGA